AUGGUCGAUGAUAGCUUCGGGCUCGGGGAUGGGCGUCCUGCGUCCGGUGAUGCGGUGAGAGUGAGAGUCGAAGACAGUGAGAGGCAAAGAGAUGACAUCUGUGGUCCUACCAAUUUUGAAGACAUUAAGUCAUUUCAGGGUGUCAUAUACCCAACUUUUAGAGAUGCAUGCUAUGCUAGAGGGCUGUUAGAUGAUGAUAGAGAAUACAUUGACUCAAUAAAUGAAGCAAAGCGUUUGUUACAGUUGUACAACAAGUCUUUGAAAGAUUAUCCCCAAAUGCCAAUUCCAAACUAUGAUGAUGGAUUGCGGGUUGAUAACCGUUUGUUAUUUGAUGAGCUCGCCUAUGACCGUCAGGCUUUAAGACAAGAUAGUGAGAAGAUGGAAAGGCAAUUAACUGAUGAGCAAAUAGUCGUAUACCAUACAAUUCUAAGUGAUUUACAACAACAAAACGGUGGUUUGUUCUUUGUUUACGGAUAUGGAGGUACAAGCAAAACUUUUGUUUGGAAAGCACUAUCUGCAAAAAUACGGUUCCAGGGUGAUAUCGUCCUAAAUGUAGCAUCUAGUGGUAUUGCCUCAUUGCUAUUACCAGGAGGUCGAACUGCACACUCAAGGUUCGCCAUACCAAUUGCAGUUAAUGAGGACUCCACAUGCAACAUUAGCCAAGGAAGUCACCUAGCGGAAUUACUUAUCAAGGCCAAACUAAUAAUAUGGGAUGAAGCACCGAUGAUGCACAAACACUGCUUCAAGUCACUAGAUAGAACUAUGCGUGAUCUCAUGCGCUUUAGCAAUCCUCUUAGCAGUCACAAGACAUUCGGGGGAAAAACUAUGGUUCUUCGAUUAACAAAGAAUCUACGUCUUAAUACUAUGGAAACAAGUGCUAAUAUUCAAAAUAUUGAACAAUUUGCAUCAUGGUUAGCUGCUAUAGGAGAUGGAACAUUAGGAGGACCUAAUGAUGGUUAUACAAACGUCGAAAUUCCUUCUGAAAUGUUGUUGCCAUCUUCUGGUGACCAUAUAGCCACAAUAGUUGAUAUCAUAUUUCCAAUGUUCAAGGAUGGUGGUUGCCAGCAACAAUACAUGGAAAGUCGUGUUAUUCUAACUCCAACACUAGAUGUGGUCAAUGCAUAUCCUAUAUGGCUAUAUGAUAUGCACACUCCGGAAUUCCUAAAUGGGUUGAAAGCUUCUGACAUACCAGACCAUGCUUUAACUUUAAAGAUUAGAUCUCCGUGUACUCGAAAUCAAGGUCCUCCUUCCCAACAGUCGAAUUGGGAAACUAGCCAUGAUUUUACCUCUGCAAUUCAGCUCGCAUCUAAAGCACUACUCCCCUUGGUUGCUUCCGUCGAUACUGAAGAAUCGCUUACGCCCAACAAUUACAUGAAAUUGUUUAGGAAAGAAAUCACAAGCAGCGGCUGA